AGCGUCGAGAGAGAGGAGAGGAGAGGAGAGGAGAGGAGCGAGAGGGAGAGAGAGGCAGCGCUGCCGGGAUCAUCAGGAGAGCCGCCCGCUCUGGCCCCGUGCCACGGAGAGGAGGGGCAGCGGAUCCCCAGAGCCCAUUAAAAAGCCAGGCUUAGCCGAGGAAAACACCUCCAUAGAAGGAAGGAAGGAAGGCAGGCAGGCAGGCAGGAUCAGACGGAGAAGAAGCGGGGAAGGAGCCGUGACAUUCUGCGUGGCUUCUCGUCUCCCGGCGGCAGGGCUGACUCUCUUCCUUUGCGCCUCCGCCCGAACGAAGCAGAGGCCAAACUUUGGGAGCCCGAGUGGGGAGCCGUCCCUCCCUGCGCGCGUGGGGGCGAGUGUGUGCCUGGAUGAAGCGGCGGGAGCCCUGAGCAGCGCCCACUCCCCCUCGCUCUCUUUCUCGCCAGCCCCGCCGUUUGCUCUCUCGCUCGCCCGCCCUCCCUCCGUUUUUCCUUCCUCCCUUCCUCCCUCUCUCUCCGCCUGCCGCCAAGAUGAGCGCUGCGCUGCGGAGCCUCCUGGCCUGGCUGGCCCUGCUGCUCCUGGGGAGGAUGGACCGCCUGGCCGACGCCUGCAGCUGCUCCCCGGUGCACCCGCAACAGGCGUUUUGCAAUGCAGAUUGAUCAGAGCAAAGGCUGUCUCUGCAAAAGAGGUGGACUCCGGUAAUGACAUAUAUGGGAACCCCAUCAAACGCAUCCAGUAUGAGAUCAAGCAGAUAAAGAUGUUUAAAGGCCCUGACCAAGACAUUGAAUUCAUCUACACGGCUCCUUCCUCAGCAGUGUGUGGAGUGACGCUGGAUGUCGGUGGCAAGAAGGAAUAUCUCAUUGCAGGGAAAUCUGAGGGCAAUGGCAGAAUGCACAUCACUCUGUGUGAUUUCAUCGUUUCCUGGGAUUCCCUCAGUGCUACCCAGAAGAAGAGUCUCAACCAGCGUUACCAGAUGGGCUGUGAGUGCAAGAUCUCCCGCUGCCCUUCCAUCCCUUGCUAUGUCUCUGCUCAAGAUGAAUGUCUGUGGACAGACUGGGUGACGGAGAAGAACAUCAAUGGGCGGCAGGCAAAACACUAUGCCUGCAUCAAGCGGAGUGACGGUUCAUGUGCGUGGUAUCGUGGUGUGGCUCCACCUAAGCAAGAGUUCCUUGACAUCGAGGACCCCUGAGUCCCCAGGGUCAUGGCAGGUCAUGGCAUUCCUGUAGCCAAUAGCAACAAAGCCUGUAAGAAAUUAGAUUGGUCCACCUUUGACAUCACCUCCUGGAAACAGCAUGAAAAUAAGGUCUCCUGGGCAGGCACAAUAAUGGUGGGGGUGGAGGGGGGAUGUCUACACUACUUGCAUAUUGCUUUGUCUAUUUCCUCUGAUGCAUUGUGCCAAGGCAUAUUUUCGUUGGGAGUCACAGUUGCCAACAUGCCAAGGCACAGUGGGGAGAACAAGAGUGAACAAUAUGCUUGGCUGAAGAGUGUUGCCUCUGAUUCUGUGUAGCAGGCCUACCAGGUUCUUCUUGCCUUGAGAAAGGACAUCCUAUCCUUUGCUGUGGAGGCAGCCCCUACCCGCUUUGUUUCCCACAAGUUGAAACCCACAUACAGUCCUUUGCGUCCAUCCCCUAUUGAAUUUUCCAAGAUUCGCUUCUGUUUGCCACACACAUAUGGUAGAAUAAGCACAUCUCUUAGCCUCUGUAAAAGAAGGCGGUAAUUCCAUCAUGAAUCAUGACUUCCUUUUGCACUAGUGAGAAAAGUUGCAUUUUCAUCAACCAAACAUUAAGAGGGUGGUGGGUGGUAAUGGUUUCUCAUUUUGAACAUAAUAUUUUAAAGAUUCAAUUUUAGUUAAUGGAUAUUAAGUCCCUGUGCCUGAGAGAUGUGUACACAUUCUGGCUAUGGGGUCUCAGCACUCAAGUUUCAGUAGAAAUACAUUUGCUUAGGAAUUUCAGUUAGUGUAGCAGGACUUCUACUUGGACAGUGUGAUUUAACCCACAUCCUAUUGAGUGUUUGUGCCACUCACAUAAAUCUGGUGCCAAAGCUCCUGCUGGCCAGUGGAAAGGCUAGCUGUUCUCAUUAAAGGUUUAGCAUUUGUCAGCCAAAGCAGGAAUCCUUCUCCUGCUGAUUAGAACUUCUUACUAUGUUGUGUAUGAUAUUUAACAUGCCAGCAUAGCUCCUAGCCCUGCCAUCUGCCCUGUAUAAGAAUGGAUUAAUGUGCCAAGAACUCCUCAGAAGAUAGGAGUAUGUGUUUUGUCCCCAAAUAUGUGAUGACAAAAGCUGGCAAGUCAAGGUUUAGCUUUGUAAACUGUGAGUAUGAGAUGCUGUGUUGGAGCAAUGAAUCAGAGCUUGGCUACUUGUAUACACCCCCCCACCCACACCACGUCUCUGCCUCCAAUGCCCCUUUUUUCUGAGCCACUUUCUUUCCUUUGCUGUGCCUCCCAACAAGGCUCUGCACAGCCACCACCCCUUCCUUUGUCAUAUUCAAAAUCAAACUAUAGGGUUUCCCAAAGUAAUUCCUAGCCAGACCUGCCUCUAGUGGUGUUUUCAUGCUGUUCAUCAAGGUAGAGUUUUAAAGAUGUCAUAUUGGACCAGUCUGUUUAAUUUCAAUAUAUUUUAAAAAAAGGAAAAAAAAGAAAAAAAUCUGUUCAGUCCAAUAUAAGACUCCUGUUUUUCUUCCUGUAUGGUUACAGUCUAUGUGACAUUUACCCUUCUCCCUUUUUCUUUCCAUCCUUCUCCCUUUCUCUGUGCUGAUAUUUUUUGAUUUUAAUAUUUUCCAUUUGUUUUGGCAAUCAGUUGUAUCAUUCCUCUACACCAUUAUUUUUUUAAUUCCUUGUUUAGCUGUUAGAUUUGCACUUAUUCUUGUUUUUUUAAGGGGUUCUGCAUUGGAAGCUUCUAACAUAAUAGUGGGAAGAAGGUUGAGAUAUCUGGAGGGUGGAGUCCCUUCUCUUACUUCUGAGUGCCAGUGGUGGGGUGUGGGGUGGGGGUUAGUAGUAUUUCUCCUUCCGUCUUCCUCCUCAUGCCUCUGCAACACGCACAGGCCUUUUUUCUUGAGCAGUGGUUCUCAACCUGUGGAUCCCCAGAUGUUUUGGCCUUCAGCUCCCAGAAAUCCUAACAGCUGGUAAACUGACUGGGAUUUCUGGGAGUUGUAGGUCAAAACACCUGGGGACCCACACAUAGAGAACCACUGUUCUAGAGGCUGAAGGCUGACUGGGACAAGUGAUUACUUCUUGCUAGCCAGUUUGCAGUUUAUGUGCCUGCCAGCGGUUGCAAGAUGUAUCUGCCAUUCCAGUAGCAAUCAUUGUGAAAGAGCAGUUAUCAAAAGCUCAUGGAUUGGUUUAAUUUAUAGUUGUGGGUUUUAGUGCCACACUGAACCUUCCCUGAUAUAUAUAUAUGCACAAACACACUUAACAGUUUCCCCUUCUUCAUGCCAGCAAUUCAAAAUAUUUUUAAAAAGUUUACAUUAUUUUCAAAUCUUUGCUUAGUAAGUAUGAAAAAUAAGUAUCUUAACGCUGCCAUAAUUUAAAGCUUAUUGGGGAGCUGGGGUUGGGAUGUUGUUUGGUGGGUGGAGUAAUAUGGGAGGGGGGCAGGGACAGGGGGGGGUCUCUUUUGUUGUUGUUGGAUUCUGAAAGCUGAGAUUUUCUUGUGCUGGGAACACAUGAAAGUUGUUGAAUAGACAAGCAGACUGUGCAUGUCUCUGAUGCUUUGUAUAAUUCAUACGUGGACACUUGAGUCUUCGGACAAUAAACAGUAUUAUCAAAUAAAGCCGGAAUAGUCUCUA